GUCAGAUGUACAGUAAGGAUGAAUUGUGUGAGCUGCGGUACGGCCCUAAUUUCCACUUCCGUAAUUUUUCUGUACUUGGGGAUUGCGAGUAUUAUCAUAGCUGUGUGGAUCUCAACGAAGGGAAUUUAUUUGGACAAUUAUUCACGACAAAAACGGGUACUCUUAUCGGAAUAUAUUGUGGCACAGGCAAAAUAUGCAUGAAACGACAAUGUCGGACUUUUGAAGAGCUCAAAAUGAAACCAGGCUUGGUAAGGCCCGGGGGAUGGGGACCGUGGGCAGAUUGGCAGCCCUGCUCCAGGACUUGUGGGACAGGGCUAACCUACAGGAGGAGAUUCUGCAACAAUCCAAGUCCUUUGAACCAUCCAGGCUGUGAAGGCGGAGAUGACAAUGGAUAUGAAGCCAGGACUUGUAAUCCUGGGCCCUGUCCUAAUGACAGUGCAGACAUAAAAACGCUUAUAAAUCAGCGGGCGUCUGAGACCUGCAGUAGAUUGUUAAAGAAUAACGUAUUAGAUUCUGAAAAGUACACAUCAGUAGGGAAACAAAUGGACUGGCGUGAUCACAUGAAAUGCGAAGUGUUUUGUGAAGCGGCAGCAAAUUACACAUCUCCAGAUUAUACAAGGUUUGGGUUGAUGCCCCAGGGUACUCCAUGUGAAGGACCCAAUGUUGUUUUGGAGAAAAACAAGCUUGGCAAGAGAACCUACAGAUGUUUGGAUGGCUUUUGCAGGUUUUUUGGCUGUAACGGUAAGCUUAACGCUGAAUAUGACGACUGUGGUGUUUGUAAUGGAGAUGGUUCUACGUGUAACGUAGUGGAAGGGAUUUAUAAAGAGACUAUUGCAAAAGCUUCAAGAAAAGUUAUAACUGAGAUACCUGUUGGAGCGUAUAACAUACAGUUCUGGUUUGAUUUUUCAAAAAUGCGUUGGAACCUAGUAGAAAUCUACAACAAAGAUGGACUUGCAAUUAUCUCUAGCUUGCUUAAAGGAGUUUGGGAUACGACAGAUAAUCCAUUAAAUUUCGCAGGAACGUAUUGGUCCUACGUUUUCUCGAAACAAUACGUGUAUGCGAAAGGCCCCAUCACUGAACCUAUCAUAGUUAAGCACUACCAAUAUCGAAACAAUAAAAAUACUGGCAUUAACUAUGCGUAUGCUUUACCCAAAUAUGCUAAGACUUGUCAAGGACAGUGUGCUAAUGGUGGAUUGUUUAACACAAAAAUCUGCUCCUGUGACUGUCCCAGUGGGUUUUAUGGAAAUGAAUGCACCAGUCGCUGUAACACCUACUGCUACAACGGUGCAACGGUUGAUCAAACCACCUGCGCAUGUCAUUGCAAGGAACACCAGACUGGAAGACAAUGUAAAUGUGAGGAAGGGUACGGCGGUGAAGACUGCAAAACUAAAAUAUAG